AUGUAUGCUGCCGGUUUCUAUGACUAUGACGAGGCUCUUGGACUUGUGGUGUUCAGCAACACAUGCAGCAAGCUCGCUAUCUUCAACUUGAGCGCAUUGUGUAAUGCUUCACUUGAGGGGUGUUUCGAGGCCUUUCCUAUACCUUACGAUGAUAGAAGGCAUGAAGUUGAGGUCGUACCUGAAACAAUGAUUCCAGCUACGUUUGCGCCCCCAUUCCCAUACUUGGGACCUCUGAUACCACCUCAGGAGUAUGCUGACGCUCUCUGUGCACAAUGGAAGGCAAGGCAGCCUGAUCCAGUGCCCCAGCAAUGGGAAGAACCUGAUAUUCCAGGGAACGACAAGGAAGUCCUCAGCUGGUUCAGGUGGAAAAACUUGAUCCCUAAGAUCCCUGACGGCAUGAUGGAUAUUGGUUAG